UCUCUAACACACACACACACAAACACACGCACACACACUCUCGCAAACUGGUUGACUGGGUUUGUUUGCUGCAGGGAGCUGAGUGUGUAUUCUCCUAAGACCUCUGCAAGACAAGAUGUUGCUGCUCGUAUCCGGGGUGGGCAGAGGGGGCCUGGGGUUUCUGGCAAUGAAGAGGGCAUGUCUUCACUCUCGCUCCUCCCACCUGCUCCCGCAAAGCCUUGAAUAUCGACCAAUCAAAAAGGUCAUGGUGGCCAACCGAGGUGAGAUAGCUAUCCGUGUGUUCCGAGCGUGUACCGAGCUGGGGAUCCGGACGGUAGCCGUCUACUCGGAACAGGACAGGGGACAGAUGCAUCGGCAGAAAGCUGACGAGGCUUACCUGAUAGGGAAAGGCCUCCUACCCGUGGCUGCCUACCUCCACAUACCGGACAUCAUUAGAGUUGCCAAGGAGAACAACGUGGAUGCUAUCCAUCCAGGAUAUGGCUUCCUGUCAGAGCGGUCAGACUUCGCCCAGGCCUGUGCCGAUGCAGGGGUGCGCUUCAUUGGGCCUUCCCCAGAAACGGUGCGCAAGAUGGGGGACAAAGUGGAGGCGCGCUCCCUGGCUAUCAGUGCAGGUGUGCCAGUGGUGCCUGGUACUGAUGGCCCAAUAGCUUCCCUGGAGGAAGCCAGGCUGUUUGCAGAGACCUACGGUUUCCCCAUCAUCUUCAAAGCUGCCUAUGGAGGGGGGGGGCGGGGCAUGAGGGUGGUCAAAGAGUACGAGGAACUUGAAGAGAACUACCAAAGGGCUUAUUCUGAGGCUCUGACAGCAUUUGGUAAUGGAGCUCUAUUUGUCGAGAAAUUCAUUGAGAGACCACGCCACAUAGAAGUACAGAUCCUGGGUGAUAAGUAUGGGAAUGUGAUCCAUCUCUUUGAGAGAGACUGUUCUAUCCAGAGAAGACAUCAGAAGGUGGUGGAGAUAGCCCCUGCAGCGGACCUGGACCCCAAUCUCCGAGAUCGACUGACCUCUGACUCUGUCAAACUAGCUAAACAGGUGGGCUAUGAGAAUGCAGGCACGGUGGAGUUCCUGGUGGAUAAACACGGGAAACACUAUUUCAUAGAAGUCAACUCCAGGCUGCAGGUGGAACACACAGUCACUGAAGAAGUCACUGAUGUGGACCUGGUCCACGCCCAGCUGAGGGUCUGCGAGGGGCGGAGCCUGUCAGAGCUGGGGCUGAUCCAGGAACAGAUUAGGGUGAACGGUUGUGCCAUCCAGUGUAGAGUCACUACCGAGGACCCAGCCAGAGGCUUCCAACCGGAUACCGGACGCCUGGAGGUCUUCCGGAGCGGCGAGGGAAUGGGGAUCCGUCUGGACAGUGCCUCGGCCUUCCCAGGAGCUGUGAUAUCCCCCCACUACGACUCCCUGCUGGUUAAAGUCAUCGCCUCCGGGAAAGACAUGGCCACGGCCGCCGCCAAGAUGCACCGCGCCCUCAGCGAGUUCCGUGUCCGAGGUGUCAAGACCAACAUUCCCUUCCUCCAGAAUGUUCUGAGCAACAGCCAGUUUCUCCAGAGCACGGUGGACACUCAGUUCAUCGAUGAGAACCAGGACCUGUUCAUCAUGAAGCCUGUUCAGAACAGAGCCCAGAAACUACUUCAUUAUCUUGGUCACGUGAUGGUGAACGGACCCACCACGCCCAUUCCUGUCAAGGCCAAGCCCUCCUCCAUUGAUCCGGUCGUUCCUACUGUACCCAUGGGUGAGCCCCCGUUAGGGUUUCGUGAUGUCCUCCUCCGCGAAGGUCCGGAGGGCUUUGCCAAGGCAGUGAGGGCUCAUCCUGGACUGCUACUCAUGGACACCACCUUCAGAGAUGCGCACCAGUCCCUCUUGGCCACCAGAGUGCGUACCCAGGAUCUGAAGAAGAUAGCUCCGUACGUCUCCCACAACUUCAGCAACCUGUUCAGUCUGGAGAACUGGGGAGGAGCUACCUUUGAUGUGGCGAUGCGUUUCCUGUAUGAGUGUCCAUGGAAGAGGCUUCAGGAGCUGCGUUCCCUGGUCCCCAAUGUCCCCUUCCAGAUGCUGCUGCGCGGAGCCAACGCUGUGGGUUAUACCAACUACCCUGAUAACACAGUGUUCAGGUUUUGUGAGGUUGCCAAGGAGAAUGGGAUGGAUAUCUUCCGGGUGUUUGACUCGUUGAACUAUCUCCCCAACAUGUUGCUGGGGAUGGAGGCAGCAGGGAGGGCGGGCGGUGUUGUGGAGGCCGCCAUCUCCUACACCGGAGACGUGUCCGACCCCAUGAGACAGAAAUACUCUCUGGAGUACUAUGUCCACCUGGCCGAUGAGCUGAUGAAGGCUGGCACACACAUUCUGUGUAUUAAGGACAUGGCAGGAUUGCUGAAGCCCGAGUCCAGUCGUCUCCUGAUCGGUGCGCUGCGGGAUCGUUUUCCCGACGUUCCAAUCCACGUGCACACACACGACACGGCUGGCGCUGGAGUGGCGGCCAUGUUGGCGUGUGCCGAGGCCGGCGCUGAUGUGGUGGAUGUAGCCGUGGACUCCAUGGCCGGGAUGACAUCACAGCCCAGCAUGGGAGCGGUGGUGGCCUGCACCAAGGGAACCUCACUCAACACCGGUGUUGCCUUAGAGAAGGUGUAUGACUACAGUGAAUACUGGGAAGUGACUAGAGGGCUGUAUGCUCCUUUUGACUGUACUGCUACUAUGAAAUCAGGUAAUGCUGACGUGUAUGAGAAUGAGAUUCCCGGCGGUCAGUACACCAACCUCCACUUCCAGGCUCACAGCAUGGGCCUGGGAAACAAGUUUAAACAAGUCAAGAAGGCCUACGCAGAAGCCAACAAACUACUGGGAGAUCUAAUUAAGGUGACCCCCAGUUCUAAGAUAGUGGGGGACCUUGCUCAGUUCAUGGUUCAGAACAACCUGACAGGAAAAGAGGUGGAGGAGAGGGCAGAGGAUUUGUCUUUCCCCCUCUCUGUCGUGGAGUUCUUACAAGGACACAUUGGAGUACCACAUGGAGGCUUCCCUGAGCCGUUUAGGACCAAGGUCCUAAAAUCCUUGCCCCGUAUGGAGGGGCGCCCGGGGGCCACACUGCCCCCACUGGACUUUGAUGCCCUGGAGGCCGGGUUGCGAUUGUCGCACGGUAAUGACAUCACAACCGAGGACGUGAUGUCAGCGGCCAUGUAUCCCAAGGUGUUCGAGGAGUAUAAGGAGUUCACAAAGAAUUUUGGCCCCGUCGACUGCCUCAGCACGCGACUCUUCCUGGACGGGCCUAAGAUAGCAGAGGAGUUUGAGGUGGAGAUAGAGAGAGGGAAAACGCUCAACAUCAAGGCCCUAGCGGUGGGCGACCUGAACAAGAGUGGUCAGAGAGGCGUGUUCUUCGAACUCAACGGUCAACUGCGCUCGGUGUUGGUCAAAGAUAACGUAGCCAUGAAGGAAAUGAAGUUCCACCCCAAGGCCCUGAAAUCCGUCCAGGGUCAGGUCGGAGCACCCAUGCCUGGGAAGGUCAUAGGGGUCAAAGUGAAACCGGGUCAGAAGGUGACGAAGGGUCAGCCGCUGUGUGUCCUCUCGGCCAUGAAGAUGGAGACUGUGGUGAACUCUCCGCUGGCAGGGGUUGUCACGGUGAUUCAUGUCAACACUGAUAGUAGUUUAGAAGGAGAUGACCUGAUCAUGGAGAUCACUGCAGAGGAGUAGAG